GAGGAUGUGACCUUGCAGCUCCUUCGUGGGUGAUUGAGGGAGACUGACCAACUAAAAAGCUUACAACACUAGAGAAACAAAGAAGGGGUGAAUGAAGAUUGAGGUGUAAUGGGGGUGUGAAGUGGAAUUUCAAGAAAACAAGGUUACUGGGAAAGGAGCUUAAUCAGCUUAUAAUAAAAGAAAGGUAAUUUGGAGAUACUAAAAAGUAUGGUGGUGCAGGAAACAAAAAAUGGGAGGUGGAAGCAAUAGCCCUACAUCCAUCAGAAAUGAGCCUCUUUCGGACCAAACAAAAAAGAUGAAUAUGGCCGAACACUUUUCUUCCAUGCCAACAAGGGAAGAACAUUCAAAACGCGCGUUUAGUGGCAAUUAAGAUUGCGAAUGUGCGAGACACUGAAAAAUGAUGCUGCUUAAGAUUUGAAACGACGCCGUAGAUUGGAUUCAACCCUUGUCUAAACCCUAAUUUUUCUAAUCACCUCAAUUCAAUUCAAUUCCAAUAAUCCUUCCAAGUUCCAUCCUUCACCAAAAAGCAAUGUGGAAUUGAAAACCCCAUCAGUAGCAACAUUCACCUCCAAUGGACGUGAAGGCUUUAGCGAAAUCAAAGAGAAGCCACACGCAGCACCACAGCAAAAAUUCUCACCAUAGCCACAAGCCCAACAAAGCCGCAUCAUCAUCAUCGUCUUCUUCUUCUGUGGGCCCCAAUGACGCUGCGAAGAAGAACCCAUUGGGGAAGCAGCAAGUGAGCGAGGAGAAGAAGAAGAAAAGCCACCAUUCCGCGCUUCCCUCGAAUUGGGACAGGUACGAGGAUGAGGAAGAAGAAUUAGAUUCUGGGUCCGGAAUUGCGAGCAAAACCGUCGAUGUUGUCUUGCCCAAAAGUAAAGGUGCGGAUUUUCGCCACCUGGUUGCGGAGGCUCAGUCCCUAGCGGAGACGAGUUUAGAGGGAUUCCCUGCUUUCAAUGAUCUUCUUCCUGGGGAGUUUGGUGUGGGAUUGAGCUCUAUGCUUGUGGUCAGGGGAGAGGGCAUUGUGUCGUGGGCUGGAGAUGAUAAUUUUGUUGUAGAGGAUAAGACAAAUGGAAAUCUGGAGGCAUCAUUUUUGUCCUUGAAUUUGCAUGCUCUAGCUGAAAGUUUUGCCAAAGUUGACUUAGCAAAGAGAUUGUUCAUUGAGGCUGACCUAUUACCCACUGAGUUGUGUGUGGAGGAGUCGGCAAUGAGCAGCAGUGAAGAGCACGAGGAGUUGAAAACUAAAGAUGAAAGUGAACUAGCCAAUAGGAUGUCUGAAGAAUUAGAUGUAGAUGAUCUAGCUGCAGAUCAGUUUAUAUCAUCUAGUUCCAGUAGCAGUAGCCAUGCUGCUUCUACAUUUCCCUUGUCCAACGACUUUCGCAUUCCCGUGAACUAUGUCGAUGCUGAAGCUCAGCAAACUAGCAGUUCUGGUAAAAAUAAAGCAUUUGUUCUAAGUUCAGAUGCUAGUUUACAUUCUACUGAAGAUACAAGAGGGAAACCUUACUCAACAUUUGAGGCUGCUGAUGCUGAAAAAGAACUAGAUAUGCUUUUAGAUUCAUUUGGUGAGACCAACAUUCUAGAUUCUUCGGGCUUUAAGUCCAACACCUCGAUUCCAGUUUCAUCGGGAGUAGCUUCUGUGUAUCCUCCUCACAUUUCAAAUAAAGAUCCAGUUCCAUCCAAAACUGCACCAAUUACUGCUAGUCUAGAUGAUGUACUUGAUGACUUGCUGGAAGGAACAUCCACGUUGACGAAUCCAAAUGUUUUAUUACGACCGCAGGAAGAAAAACCCGUCCAUCACAGCAUGCAAUCUUCUUCAAAUUCUGGUAGCAAGUCCAAAGUGGCUGAUGAUUUUGAUUCAUGGUUUGAUACACUUUGAUUUGAUAAGUCUUGUAAUUCUUGAUAUGAUGUGUUUCUUACUGACUAUGCUAAGAGUGGCCUUGUCCUCUCCACCAGAGUCUGGUGAUUGAAAAAUGACCUUUUUUAUUUAACAAGCUCUAAAAAUUGCAGCCGAUUGGUAGAGGCUUGAAACAACGAUGAAAACAUUAUAGUCGUUGGGUACAGAAUUAUGGGUAUAAAACACUUCAAUUUAUUUGUGACUA